UCUCCGAUCGUCUUUGUAUCUGUCAACAAGGUCACUUGUAUCUGUAAACGCGUGUCGAACCUGCAGUUCCCGAUACAGGCGGACACCAUAGAUUAUAAACUAAAUUAGUUAUUUUUUCCAUUGAGAAACUCUGUGCAGAGUUCUAAUGCUUUGCAGAACUAUUUUUUAUGUUAUUAUCAUACAUUUCGCUUUUGUCGCUUGGCAGAACAAGUAUGGAGACGAACGAGAGAAACGAAAAACGGUGGUUAUGCGUGAGGUACGCCCCCUGUAGGCCUAAAGCGAAAGUAAAGAAAUGAUGGUCAUGCAUAAGGUACGCCCCCUGUAGGCGUAAAACGAAAGUAAAGAAAUAAUGGUCAUGCAUGAGGUACGCCCCCUGCAGGAGGUACCACGCUGACGUCCGGAGGAAGCCGAACAGUGAGGUAAAGGGUGCAGCUCCUUACCCCGGCGACCAGAGGGCUCCGUGUCUGUGAAUCAUUUAAUCAAGGUUCCAUAGACAGAUCCUGCUUUUUUUUAACACUUAUUUAAGUGAAUGCGUCUCACUUUUUCUCUUAAUAUUUAUGUGACUGCGUUUCACCCUGAGCUCCAGAUGGCCCGCCUUUGAGGAGAUGGACAUGAUCGCCGUGAGGCUCGGGACGCGUCAGGGUCUCCCCGCCGCACUUCGCGGUACGUCGUGCCCGAAACGCUGUGUCACCGCGGCCGCUGACUCUCCGCAGCCCGAAGACCUUGGCAGACACAUCAGCCGCAGGGCUUCUCGGCCAGAUCCCUCCGGUCCUGCCCCUACGUCUGGCUCAUACUUACGGCGGGGAAGAGCGGGAGCACUCGCCGGCUUGGGCUACGGAACUUUCUGUGUGCGACGCUGGUGCAGAAACGAGCUUUACACGGGGAUCGGAGCCCCACUGUCGCUUCUGAAGCGCACAGUUUUAAUUGCCCGAGAAUUGAGUACCUCAAUCAGAACCUUGCAGUCUGAAACGGCCAAGUCGGAGAACAGGAAGUUCUUCUUUGACACCCACGCUGUGGUUCGUCUGCUGGAAAACAAUGGGUUCAACUCGCAGCAGGCAGAGGUCGUCGUGAGCGCCUUAAUGAGAACCACAAAUUCCAACAUGGACGUCAUCUAUAAGGACAUGGUGACCAAAGUUCAGCAGGAAAUCAUGCUUCAGACAGUGAUGUCCCACAUUGCCGCUGUAAAGAAAGACAUGGUAAUACUGGAGAGGAGUGAGUUCUCCACCCUGCUGACUGAGAACGAGAAAGUCAAGAUUGAGGUCCUUCAGUUGAAAGUGCAGUUGAAUGAUGUGAUGAACAAAGUGCGUUCAGAUACUAUUUUGGAGAUGAACCUGGAAAAAAGCAGAGUGAAGGAAAUGAGAACAGAAAAUGAAAGAAAAGUGCUGGCAGCACGAACACAAAUGAUGGAGAUGAAUUCAGAGCAGGAUCGUCAGAUAACCCAGACCAACAUGAAGAUAGACACUGAAGUGGCAGGACUGAAAACCUUGUUGGAGUCUCACAAGCUCGACACUGUAAAGUACCUUGCAGGAUCGGUUUUCACGUGUCUCACGGUAGUUCUGGGAUUUUACCGAAUAUGGAUGUGACAGUCAGGCAGACUGCAGCCUUCAUGUUUCUGGUUCCUCAUUACUGUAGUUAGCGCUUAAGUUUUGAGUUAUCUCAGGUACAAAGUGCUGAAUGGGAGAGGUCGUCCACAGUUAGGGGUUUCAUAUCUGACAUGAGCGUCAUAAACAAGGGGUUAACUGGGUCGAGGUUCAAACCAUUUUGGGCUUUUCUAAUAAAUGUAUCUAUUUAUUUUAAAUUAUGGACCACUCAUUGAAUAAUUGCCAUGUCUACCGAUUGAUAUAUAACAGGCUGUUUAUCAUUUUUAUUUAACAUUUGCUACCUUGUAACGUUUUUCCAAGAAUUUGUAAUUGUGCCUUAAGCAGUCCAUUUGAAGUAUCCCCAUAAAAAAUGCAACCUUUUCUCUUUAACUUUGACCACCCAGACUAUUACUCUUCUGGCUUCAAUUUUAAAGGCCCAUCCUGGCCAACAUGGGGUGGAACAUUCAGCAGAAUGCAUGUCGUUCACUUGAGAUGACUGUCAGCAAGGUCAAGGCAAUCCAUUGUCUCAGCUGACAAUCCACUAAGAAGCUUGUGGGAGAAACACUGGUGGCCUUUGAUCUUGGUGAGAUGUAAACCAUGCCAAGCAAAACAUACCAUGAUAGUAGCGUUUUCUCACAUUAUACAGGAAAUGCAGCAUAUAGCUAGCUAGAAAUCAAUGCAAAAUAAUCACAUUUAUAAUCGUAUUUCAUAUUUUGUAUAUGGUUUAGUUUAGAUUUAAUUUAUGCAAAUUUUCAAGUAGCCUUAAUUUGGAAUAAAUAUAAGAUUUAAAAUUGACUGGUUACUUCUCAA